GUUGCUGCUGCUACAUCCGGACUGGAGCUGGGCUGAUGAUUGGCUGCUGUUCCCUAGGGAUCUCAUGCCCAGCUUCCCAGCUGCGGAGCUGAGAUUUAAGAGCGAGGACGAGGAGGAAUCGGCAGCAGGGAGGUGAUGAGACAAUGGAUCCGGAUGGGACCGCCUCAGGAAUCUCUGAAGCUGAUGAACACCAGAGUCCUGGGCAGGGAGACGCUCAUGAGCAUCGCAGUGGGUUGGAAGAGCAGGCAGACGGCGAUCCUGAUGCUGUCAGGGGAAGUUUAAAUGUCCAGGAUGGCACCCAGCAAGGGGAGGAUCCAGCCACAUGGGCUGAGCCAGGGAGAGGCCCCAGUGGGAGCUCAGAACAUAGGGCCCAGGAAAGAACCCAGCUGCGGCAGAAACCCCAUUGCUGCCCUGACUGCGGGAAGGCGUUCAGCUGGAGCUCCCACCUCCUUCAGCACCAGCGGGUCCACACAGGGCAGAGGCCCUACAAAUGUUCUGACUGCGGGAAGGGCUUCACCCAGAAUUCAGACCUCAUUACCCACCAGAGAAUUCACACAGGCGAAAAACCCCACCGCUGCCACCAGUGUGGAAAGGGCUUCAGUGUCAGCUCAGGGCUGACCCGGCACUGGCGAGUCCACACUGGGGAGCGCCCCUACAAGUGCCUUGAGUGUGGGAAGAGCUUUGGUCGCAGUUCCAACCUGCUGACCCACCAGCGCACGCACACAGGGGAGCGCCCCUACCAGUGUGGGGAAUGCGGGCAGUGCUUCAGUCACAGCUCCACCCUUGCCAAGCACCAGCGGAUGCACACAGGGGAACGCCCCUACACCUGUGCCGACUGCGGGCAGUGCUUCAGCCUGGGCUCCACCCUGGCCACGCACCGCCGCAGCCUGCACACAAAUGACCGGCCCUACAGCUGUGCUGAGUGCGGCAAAGGAUUUGGUCGCAGCUCAGACUUGCUGGUCCACCAGCGCAGCCACUCUGAGGAGCGGCCUUACCGCUGUGCCCAGUGUGGCAAGAGGUUCGGCCGCCGCUCCAAUCUCCUGGCGCAUCAGCGCAGCCACACCGGGGAGCGGCCUUACCCGUGCGGGGAGUGUGGGAGGCGCUUCAGCCGGCGCUCCGACCUCAUCAGCCACUGCAGGACCCACACCGGGGAGCGGCCCUACCUGUGCGCCCAGUGCCCCAAGAGCUUUGGGCAGAGCGCCGAGCUGCUGACCCACCAGCGCACCCACACUGGGGAGCGACCCUACCGCUGCCACCAAUGUGGCCAGAGCUUCAGCCUCAGCUCCAACCUCCUGGCCCACCGCAGGGUCCACACUGGGGAGCGGCCCUACCACUGUGCCCAAUGUGGGAGGGGAUUCACCCGCAACGGCAACCUCCUGGCACAUCAGCGGCGGCAGCACACAAUGCUCAAGGCCACUGAGUCCAUCCAGUCCACCCUCCUGCAUCAUCUAGGCCAGACGGUCUCCCCCAGUGAUUCGGUAAAUAGCACUAAGGGCAGGUCUGAAGGUGGCUAUCCCUCCAGGCGGGGUGAGCUGAGGAUGAAGAAGGUGUCAAGGAAGAGCCAGAAUGAGAAGUACCGGCUGAAGUACAGCCGGCUGCGCCGGGCGGCCAAGGCCAUGGUGUUCGAGAAUGCAGCACUGUGCGAUGAGAUUGCCCGGCUGGAGGAGAAAUUCCUGCGGGCGAGAGAGGAGCGUCGAUUCCUCUUCACCAAGCUGCUGCAGCUGCAGGCACUGUCAGCCGAGGAGGAGAGCCCGGCGGUGCCAUUGGGGGGCAUCUCAGCAGGGUACGGCGUGGCACCGACCCCUGGCCCAGAUGAGCCAGCGCCUGCAGGGAAGCGGCCCAAGAAGGGCAAGGAGAAUGGGCGUGCAGCCAAGCGGCGGGCAGCACCAGACAGGGGGGUGCGGCGGCUGGUGCAGCCAGUGCCGCUGGACCCCUCGGGUCGGCCGGUUUUCCCCAUCGCGCUGGGUGGGCUGACGGUCUACAGCCUGGGUGAGAUCGUGGCCGACCGGGCAGGCUUCCACGAUGAGGGAGCCAUCUACCCAGUGGGUUUCUGCAGCACCCGGGUCUACGCCAGCAUGCGGCGCCCCGACCAGCGCUGCCUCUACACCUGCCAGAUCAAAGACGGCGGAGUGGGCCCCCGCUUUGAGAUUGUGCCUGAGGAUGAGCCGGGCAGUGCCCUGGCGGGCACCACAGCUGACACCUGCCACGCCCAGCUGCUGGCGGCCAUCAGUGCUGCCCGGGGGCGGCCCUACCCUGAGCUGGAGGCAGCCGGGGCUGAUUUCUUCGGCUUCUCGCACCCAGCCGUGCACAACCUCAUCCAGAGCUGCCCCGGGGCCCGCAAAUGCGGGGCCUACCGCUGGGUGCGCUUCGAGGUGUGUCGUCCCGGGGAUGGGCAGGUGCCCCAGGGGCUGCCCGACAACUGCGCAGCCACCGACUUCCAGUCCUUCCGCCGCCGCGCCCAGGAGGAGGAGGAACGGGACCGCGGAGGGGGUGGAGCAGGGGGGCGGGCACUGGGGCUGACCCCUGCCCAGGCCUUCACUUCCCCCUGCUCCUAUGAGGAGGUGUUCCUGAGCCGCCCUCUCGAGGAGGGGGACGGGAUAGCGGAGGGACCUUCCUGCGCCAGCCCCGAGCACCUGGGUCCCGAGCCCCGCUCCCCUCCCCGCCAGUGUGUGCGCGCAGGGCGAGCCCCAGUCUGCAGCCCCCGGGGAUCGCCCCGGCCCGGCGGGGCAGGCGUCCCCGUUCCCAAACCCGACCUCGUGUCCCACAUGGAGCCAUGGGAAGAGCUGCAAGUCCCAGACCCCCAGUGCUCCAAGGAACAGGAGAUGCCAAGAGGCGCCCAAGAAGGUGCCGAGAUCCCGCGUAGAAGCAAGGAAGAGACUUUGCAGCAUGAAAGGGAAGCAGCCAGAUGCAAAGGGAAUGUGUCCUGUAGACCCAAGGGGGGCGAUGGCUGGGUGGAAGGGCAGCAGGAUCCCGGACCUCCGGGUUCCAUUUGCGUGAAGAGUGGCAUGAGCGACGGGUCAGUGGGUGGCACCCCAAGCCCCAUCGCCUGCCCCAUGUGCGGGAAGGGCUUCAGCCGCAGGUCGAACCUCACGAAGCACCAGCGGGUCCACACGGGGGAGCGUCCCUUCUGCUGCACCCAGUGUGGGAAAUGCUUCACUCAGAGCUCCAACCUCUGCCGGCACCAGAGCCUCCAUGCAGCGGGUGAGGGGCCCUGGUGCUGCCCCGAGUGUGGGGAGAGCUUCACAGGGAGCGCGGGUCUGGCCAGGCACCGAAGAACACAUGCUGCAGGGGAGAGAUCCCACUUCUGCCACCAAUGUGGGAAAGGCUUUGCUAGCCACUCACUUUUAACCAUUCACCGGCGCAGCCACUCGGGGGAGCGGCCGUUCUCAUGUGCCCAGUGCGGGCGCAGCUUUGACCGCAGCUCCCUACUGGUGGAGCACCAGCGCACCCACACCGGGGAGCGCCCCUACCGCUGCCACCAGUGCAGCCAGGGCUUCACCCGCGCCACCCACCUCAGCCGGCACCAGCUAAUCCACCGUGGCGAGCGACCUCACGGCUGCCCCGAGUGUGGCCGGCGCUUCCGGCUCCGGGCUGCGUUAGUCAAGCACGUGCGGAGCCACACAGGGGAGCGACCUUACAAGUGUGCUGAGUGUGGGGCGGUCUUCGCCAGUGUCUCCUCCCUGGCCCGGCACCGCCGGAGCCACGCUGGUGAGAAGCCCCACCACUGCCCCGAUUGUGGCAAGAGAUUUGGGCAGAGCACUGCCUUCGCUGAGCACUGCCGCACCCACACUGGGGAGCGCCCCUACCGCUGCCUGGAGUGUGGCCGCGCCUUCGCUGGCAGCUCCAACUUCAUCCGGCACCAGAGAAUCCACACCGGGGAGCGGCCCUACCAGUGCCAGGACUGCGGCCGUACCUUCCGGGUCAGCUCCAGCCUAGCCAGGCACCAGAGGACUCACCACCUUACUGAGUGUGGAGAUACUCCCUUGCUGGGACGGGCAGGACAGAGCUAGGGUCACUGGGGGCGUAGGCCUAGGUGGAGCUGAAGGCGGGGGGGGAGGGGGUUGGUUGGGGCUGGGGCCAUGGCAGGUGUGAGCUGAGAUGGUCAGGGCACAAGGCAGGAGCAAGUGGCUGGUGGCUGGAUUCUCUGCACCCCUGAGCCAAGCAGAACCCCAUGGAGCAGGAUCAGAUGGCUUGGAUCAGAGCUCACCAGGGAAGGUGCUUCCUGCAUCUUGCCGCACCAGUCCUCUCUUCCCCGCCUUGGUGCUGAACUCUCCGUCCAGUAGGAAGCGCCGUCUCCUAAACGCUCCUCCCACCAUUACCACCAAUUUAGGCUAGGCCUGCUGGGGCAGAGCUCUCUCCUUUCAUCAUCCCAAGGAAGAUAGGGCCCAUGUUG